AUGCAAUUUGUCUCCCGAGUCCCAGCAGUAAUCUACGCCCGGAUCCUCGACAACAAGGUCGUUCUCCAAGGCUUUCUAGAACCAAAAGGUCCGCACCCUGAAAAAUAUGCAGCUGCGGCCUCGAAUGACUCCGCUGGGGCACGGCUAGGAGUCAAUAUGACAGCCCUGACGUCGAAAGGUGUAGAGUCCUUUUGGCUAGAUUACAAGGGAGGACAGGAAGUCAAGCGCAUGAACACGCUCGUAGAUCAACUUGAUGGCUACCGGCUUGAAGAGAUAGAGAAGAGAUCGAAUAGGUUUCUAGGCGCAGCCCCCGGCCGAGGGAGCCCUAUAGACAUGUACACCUGA